UAAAAUAAAAAUAACAGAAAUACACGUCUCCCCGUUAAAAAAAAAGCUAAGGCCCUGUGAUUGUUUAUUGUAUUGCAUAAAAAAUUGCAUAGAAAUUUGUAAAUUGUACCUGGUGGCCAUUAUAAUUAUAGCGACUACUGUAUCAGGAAGUGCAUAUUCGUCACCUUUGAAAUUUUGGCUUGGCUCCAAAGUCUACAAAUUGUGAAAUUCAAGUUGUCCAUAACGUAAACAUAUUUUCGAGAGGUACAUAAUUUAUAAAAAUGCCCAUCGAUACCCGAGAACUGAUGAGUGCCAUUGCCAUUGUGGCUGAUGACCAAAAUGUCCGUGUGACAGUUAAGCAAUCUGGCAAAGGAGCAGCUAUCUGUUGCGCCUGCUCUUUUGCUGGUGGCAUGCUAUUGGGACCAGUUGGAUUAGCUGUAGGAGGAGCUGCCGGUGGCAUUGCUGCUUAUAAAUUGACCAGCGGUUCCUUCCGUCCAUUGGGUGAAAUCAUUUUAAAUGAUCUGACCGAUGCACAGCGUGAGCAAUUAGUUCAACAUGUCACUAAGGCAGUCCAGGAUGUACAUCCCACAGAUCUAGCAAUGCUGUUGCCCUUAAUUAUGAGCAAUGUGCCUGUGCAACAGGCUGUUCUAAAUACAGUCAUGUCCUUUGUGACUAACGAGUUAAGAAUGCAGAUUGUUGAUUGAUACUCGACAUCGAUAUGUUUGGGAUUAGCUAUUGUGAUUUUACAUAGUUUUAUUAAUAGUAAUAAAAAACUUUUUACCUUUAAAA